UUUAGAUGUCAAAACAAAACAUCGCUGUCAUAUGUCAGUAACAUAACCCUAUUUUUGCACGAAAACUGAUAAACGAACAGAAUUUACAAUGUUUAGGAGCUUAAUAAAUAAACUAAGUCCAAUUCAGUCGUGUGGGUUUCACACAACUUCUUGUUUAAAUGAAGUCCAGUUACUAACUCGACUAAGAGUGGUCGACAACUCAGAAAUAGGCAAGCGGGCUAUGGCAGAGGGAAAACCACCUAAAGUUAUUUGUGUCUAUAACAAGAAACGUGUGGGCUUAAUUGGGGACAGAGUUUUGGUAGCUAUUAAAGGUCAAAAGAAGAAAGGGAUCCUAGUAGGCUUAAAGCAGAUACAGAAAGUCAAAGUUCCGAAGUUUGAUAGCAACAAUGUAGUCCUCAUCGAUGAUAACGGCACACCCCUGGGCACCCGCAUCCACGUCCCCAUCCCGACCAUCCUGCGAACCAUUCUCAAGGAAAAAACUCAUUCCAAAGGAGCUGAUUACACUAAACUGUUGGGUAUAGCGACUAGAUUUGUGUAGAUAGACUAAAGUAGUGUUAUAUUUGAUUAAAGGUAUUUAGUAUUUA